AUAGUCCUCUUACGCUCCUUUCUUGACUCUUCUCUCAUUUCAUCCUAUUGCAAGAAAGUUCUACCAGGUCCUCUCUCGUGCCAACCAUCACGAUGAUCACGCACAAGGGCAACUCGUCCCGACUACUACUAUUAUUCGGGUUGCUCGCUUCAACGAUAUCGCCAACGCAGGCCGUUGGCAUCCUGCUGCCACGAAGCAGCGACACCUGUCCCAGCGACUACACACAAUGCUCGAGCAGCGGUCUUCCUAGCACCUUCUGCUGCCCCAGCAGCUCCACCUGCAUCAGUCUCGACGACGGCAGCUCCGCCAUCUGCUGCCCAGCCGGGCAGAGCUGCGACUACAUCGAGCCCAUCACCUGCGAUGUACAGCUGCAGAACGCGACCUCCCACCCCAAGAACAGCGUGCACACCACCCGCCUCGACGAUAGCCUGGCCAAAUGUGGCUCGAAGUGCUGUCCCUUCGGCUACACCUGUACGGGGGACUCGCUCUGCAGCAUGGACACAUCCACCGCAUCCACCGCAGCAGCAUCCAGCGCUACCUCCUCAACCACCUCCUCCACCACAUCCUCCUCCUCCUCAUCCUCCCUCGCAACCGCCAUCUCCGCCACAGACCCCCGCGUCUCCACCUCCUCAGCCGCAGACAACACCAACACCAACACCACCACCAGCGCAACAGCAACACAGCUAAAAUGCCCACAGUACCCCACAGCAGCCGUCCUGGCCGGCUUCUUCCCCGGCGCCCUCCUCGGCGUAACGGCCACCCUCCUCUCCCUCCUCCUGUACCGCCACCACUGCCGCAAGAACCUGCCCCCGUCCGCCAAGAUCGCCCAAUUCACCCACCGCUCCUCCAAGGGCACCCUCAUCGGGAUCUCCUCGCCCAUGCCCUCAGAGGAGACAGCCUACCGCACCGACUUCCUCCUCCGGCGGACGCAAUCCCGAACCUCGAAGGCCACAACCACCGGCUCCCGGUCGCGGUCGCGGUCCCGAUCCCGCUCCAUGAUCCAGAAGACCGGCGGCCGGGUCCGGAGUCUGUUCAACCCCCACAACCCCGUCUCGCCGCCGGUGAUCCCGGCGUUGCCCCGGACGGAGAGUAUUCGGGUGUAUACGCCGCCGGGCGUGUUUGCGACCACAGGGGUCCUGAAGCCGGACGCGUAUCCGACGAAUCCCAGGGCCAUGGAGGCGUUUUCGGAGGACCCGGAGGGCUCGGGUGGUGGUGGCGGUGGGUUGAGUAGAGGGAGUUCGAGGUUGGGGUCGCAGCGGAGGUAG